GAAAUGAAAUGUUACAAAUUGAGUUCGACUUGGGGGCAGGGCUAACUUCCGAACUCCGAACGGCACCGCCAUGGGAAGCAGAAGAAAAGCUAUUCUCGAGUUCUCUCACUGCGCAAACAUCCUUCUAUCUCCAACGAAACGCUCUAUUUUCCCCAACUCCACACUCUCCACAAACGCAUUUUUAGCUUCUCAAUUUUGUUCUUCUACCUUUUCCAGAUCCUCCACCGAUGGCACUCCCGUGGAAAAUGAGCAGCCGCGGCAAUCGAACAGAGAUUCGACGCUUCUUGAAAAGUUCAGGCUCAGAAAACUCAAAGGCUUGUCGAAAAUCUCGCAAGAUUCACCGAGUUCUAACGGAGGUGAGAAGGCGAUGACAGGUUUCAGGGACUUAGGGCUUUGCAAUGAAUUGGGCGAGGCUGUAGAAAAAAUGGGAGUUUUGGCUCCUUCCGAGUUGGAUUGUGCAGGGAUUCCAGCUGUUUUGGAAGGAAAGAAUGUGGUGUUUGGAUAUCUUGAUGAACCCGAAAGGGCUUUGGCUUACUUGCUGCCUCUCAUACAGAAUCUAAAAAGGGAUGAAAAAAGGUAUGGAACAAGGUCCAAGCAUCCUCGAGCGUUUGUUAUGUGCCCAACUGCGCAGCUAUCUGAAGAGUUGUUUUGUAUGGCCAAAUACUUCAGCAAUUACAGGCAGCUCAAAACUCCAAGGGAUAAUGGUUGUGGUGAAUUAGAGCUUCAGAAAAGUGCAUCCGAUGUCUCAAUCGGUUUGUUAAUUGGCACCCCUGAUGAAAUCUCCGAACUCAUUGAGGAUGGUAGUGUGGUUCUUGACGAAAUCAAUUACUUGGUAUUUGAUGAGUUGGAUUCAAUGUUCGAUCUUGGUUUUGGCCCCAACAUUAAAAAGAUUUUAACUUCAGUAAGGAACUGCAAUAAAAAGUGUCAAUCCAUUGUGGUUACUUCGACAUUGAUAAAGAUGAUGCAUGAACAACGUUCAUCCCUUGUCAAGUCUCUUAGGUGUGGUGAUGCGGGAGAGAUUGCUGCUAUGGUUCUAGAAAUUGAGGAAGAAGAGGCAUUCCAUCUUAUGGAAUCUCCAGAUGCUCUGAAAUCUAAACUUGCUGAUGUGGUCGAGUCACUUCGUCCAUCUACACAGGAAACUUAAAAUUUGAUAAAUACUUGUUUUGGACGAUUGCAAAUAACUUUUUAACGUCAUCAUAUCUACGUUUACAAUCAUCAGCCGGUUCUUUCUUAAGAUUAUGUCAAAUGAACAGCUGUUUUCAUGGGUUGGUGAUACAAUUAUCAUUUUCA